AUGAAUGUAACCAGCAAUGCAUAUUAUACUUCACAAUAUCUAAAUGAACGACAACAAAAUCAAUAUAGAAUGCCUACUCCACAUGAUUAUCAUUCACAAUUUCAACCAAGAUUACAAAAACCUUAUAAUCCUAAGCAAAAACCAGUUAUGAAUAAUAUACGACCAAAACAACAACCUAUCUCAAUUACAACAUCUCCCAAUUCACCAUCAUCAAGUCAACCUGAAAUUGAAUUUGAAAUUGAUUCAGAUGAUCAAUUAGAGGAAGAAUUAACACCAGCACAAUUAAAUUAUUUAACUCAAAAUCAUAUGCCCACCACCAUAAAAACAAAACCACCACCACCUCCUCAACCAUUAAUUAAAAAAUCAAACAAGAAUAAUAAUUAUUAUUUAAAACAAAAAAAAAAUUAUGAUUUAGCUGAUAAUUCAAUGAAACCAAAAUUAUAUACUCAUAGAACUUUUAGAGAAGUAUUUCAAGAUAAAUUUGAAAAUUUAGAUAAGUAUAAUCCAAUGGAUUCUGUUUUUGAAAAUAGUAAAAAUUUUAAUACACCACCAAAUCAAGAAAAUGGAGAAAUUACACCUACAACUGAAAAAUCAUCAGCUUCUAAAUUUUUUAGAAAUGUUAAAUUUAUAAAAGAUGAUUAUAAUGAUUAUAACUAUUAUGAUCAUCGAAUUAAAAAGAAAGAUCCAGUAAAGGAGAUAUUCGUUGAGAAUGGAUCAGAUGAUGACGAGGAGGAAAACUCAGAGACUGGUGAGAAAGUUAAAAAGAACAGGAAAUUUAAAUCACUACUCAAAAAAAGGAUAAGGCAAGCUAAAAAAGAUUUAGGUAAAGAUUUUGAUCAUCAUGUUGAUAAUCUGAAAAAAAUUCCAAUAGAAGAAAGUACUCCUGAAGAGAUUAAUGAAUCAACUGAAUUAGUUCCUGUUUCAAAAGGUUAUGAUUUAAAAUCUUAUGUAAAUCCAUAUAUGAAUUAUGUAUGGUCAUGGGUAGAUUAUUAUAAACAAGGAAAAUCAGCUCCAACAGAACAAACUACAUCCAAAGUUUUAGUAGAGUCUCCACAACCACUUGUCAAACCAAAAAAGUUCAAAAAAUUUACUCAAAAUUCGAAAACUUUAUUCACCAGCUGGAAUGAACCAGCAAAUAAAAUGUUUAAUCAAAAACAACUCAGGAACCCCCCUACAAUUCGUCAAUCAUCAAAUGAUACACUAACAGAAGAAUAUCCAAAAGAAUUUAUAAUAGAAUAUGAUUCAAGUGAUGAAUCAAGUUUACCAAAUAGUAAUGGUCUGAUAAAUGAAGAAUUAUAUUAUAACCCAGAAACAAAACAAUUAGAAUCACAACCACCAACAUCAUCAUCAUCAAUGAUUUCCCUAAAACAAAAGUCACCAAUCCCAUUAGUUAAUAAUUCAAUUGAAAUUGUUUCUUCAUUAAUUUCCCUUAUAAAAAAAAUUCAAGUUAUAAAAUUAAUUUUUCAACCAAUUGAUAUAAUUGGUGAAUUUUUUCCAAAUUUACAAACUAUUGUUAUUAUUAUAGAAUUAUUAUUAUUUAUUUGGAUAUUAUUUGAAUUAAGUAGAUUAAUUGAUGCUUUAUGUAUGAUGGUGAAGGCAUUUUGUGCUCCCAUGAUUGCUGUUGGAAGAUUUAUGAAUAAAAUAAUGUAA